CUAUGGUGGUGCUUGAUGUGUCUCAUUUAGGGUGGGGGCAUUGGUAUACUUUGAGAGAGCUUGAGGUAGCUACUAAUUCUUUUGCUCAUGAGAAUGUUAUUGGCGAGGGAGGGUAUGGGAUUGUUUACCAUGGUGUUUUAGAGGAUAAUACUGAGAUUGCUGUCAAGAAUUUGCUCAAUAACAGGGGACAGGCUGAGAGAGAAUUUAAAGUUGAAGUGGAAGACAUUGGAAGAGUAAGGCACAAGAAUUUAGUAAGGUUGCUUGGUUAUUGUGCUGAAGGAGCUCAAAGGAUGCUCGUGUAUGAAUAUGUGAAUAGCGGGAACUUAGAACAAUGGCUUCAUGGUGAUGUAGGGCCUUGCAGUCCUCUUACUUGGGAAAUUAGAAUGAAAAUCAUCUUGGGAACCGCGAAAGGAUUAACUUACCUUCAUGAUGGACUUGAACCGAAAGUUAUCCACCGUGACAUAAAAUCAAGCAACAUUCUACUUGACAAGCAGUGGAACCCCAAAGUUUCAGACUUUGGCCUUGCCAAACUCCUUUUUUCAGGUAGCAGCUACAUUACAACCCGUGUAAUGGGAACAUUUGGAUAUGUAGCUCUCGAGUAUGCAAGUUCAGGCAUGCUGAAUGAAAGAAGUGAUGUGUAUAGUUUUGGGAUUCUUAUUAUGGAAAUUAUCUCUGGAAGGAACCCAGUGGAUUAUAGCCGGCCUUCAGAAGAGGUGAACUUGAUCGAUUGGCUUAAGAGGAUGGUUAGUAACAGGAAUCCAGAGGGGGUAUUGGAUCCUAAACUACCUGAGAAACCUACUUUGAGGGCAUUGAAGCGGGCUCUUCUUGUUGCAUUACGCUGUGUUGACCCGAGCGCACAGAAGCGACAAAAAAUGAGCCAUAUUGUACACAUGCUCGAAGCUGAUAACUCCCCCUUCAGAGAAUAUACGGCUCCAUAUCAUGUUCAAAUGUCAAAAUCAAAGGCCUUUUGCUUAGAAGCUUUGAGGUCUGUCAUGUAA